UCUUCUGACCCGUUGCUCUGGGCGACUUCCUUCACGACACAACUGAGUCUUUGGGAGCCUCUCGCUGACACCAUCCCAUCAUGGCAUAUCUCGACCCCAUGUCAUUGGCUCUUUAUGCCAUCAUUGGCACAGUGUCCUAUAUACUGUGUGUAAUCACAUAUCGAUUAACACUCCAUCCUCUGGCCAAAUACCCUGGACCUCUGCUUGGGAGAAUCACGGAUUGGUACUCCGUGAUACGAAGCAUUCGCGGAGAUCGCCACAUUGAAUUUCUGCGUCUUCACGAAAAGCACGGGCAAUUUGUGCGCUUCGGACCCAACCGCAUUUCUGUCAACACGGCCGAAGGACUCAAGAAAAUCUACGGCAACCAAGCCAACACCAUCAAAUCAAGCUACUACCAUGUGUUCAGUGAUGUCUUCAAGGGCGACAGCUCGUUGACGACCAUUGACAACCAAAUCCACGCGAAGAAGAAGAGGACAGUCGCUUCCGCCCUUUCGGAGUCGUCUAUCCGUGGUAUGGAAGAAUUGAUUCUUCGAAAUAUUCGCAUCUUUUGUAACUCAUUGGGUCCACAAUCCAACGACGCAAAAGAUGGAGAAGAGCAAUGGAGCGAACCGAGGAAUAUGACUGAUUGGGCAGGUUAUCUCUCAUUUGACAUCAUGGGCGACAUCUGCUUCUCCUCCUCCUUCAACAUGCUUCAAUCGUCAGCCAACCGCUAUAUUCUGAAGGUCUUACCGCAAGGUGUGAAUGGACUCAAUGUUUGUGGCUGGAUGCCUGGCAUCCUGCGCCUCAAGAUCGGCAAUCUAUUCUUCGCUGAGCUCAAUAAGGACCUGCAUCGUUACGAAGCAUUCGCGAAUCAACAAUCCACAAAACGACUCGCUCUUAGUGAAGAUGAUGCUGUGCACAAGGAUGUUUACUCGCAUCUUCUCGUCGCGAACAAGAACUCGAAACCAGGCACCAUGUUAUUCCGACCAGCAGAUCUGGUUGGCGAGUCCAGUCUGCUCAUCACUGGAGGCUCGGACACUACGGCUACGGCGAUCGCCUCCACUUUGUUCUAUCUCAUGCAUUACCCAGAGGCACUUGCUCGUCUACAAGCAGAAGUUCGCCCGCGAUUCGAUUCGCUAGAGUCGAUUCGCGCGGGUGGUCGACUAGCUGAAUGCCGCUGGCUACGAGCCUGUAUCGAGGAAGCCAUGAGGAUGUCGCCAGGGGUACCUGGCCUUCUACCACGCGAAGCCCUUGCCAACGGAGUGACCAUUGCAGGCGAAUGGUUCCCACCGGGCACAGAUCUGGGUGUCCCUCACUACGCGGUACACCACAACGAAACGAUUUAUCCUGAUAGCUUCACCUACCGCCCAGAGCGCUGGAUUGUUGGUGCAUCAGACAGCCUUGGUAGUUCGGAUGGCUCGGCAACCGGCGGCGUUGGCAAUGCUGUUACCUCGGCUGAGGAUGUAGCGACGGCGGAAUCAGGAUUCUGCCCAUUCAGCAUUGGUCAAAGAGGCUGUGUUGGUAGGGCUCUCGCGAUGAAGGAGCUCACGGUUGUCAUCGCGCGGCUUGUAUGGUUGUAUAACAUGCGUCUCGCACCGGGUCAAGAACGAAUGGGUACCGGUGCGAAGGGUGCUGAGCCCGGGCGCCAGCGCGAACGCGAAUUUCAGAUGCGCGAUAUGUUUGUGUCAAAGACAGAGGGACCUUUCAUACAAUUUCAGCCAUACAAGCAUAUUUCUAGCUAGAGCGAAGGAGAGUUCCUGGAUACAUUCAAUAUCAAUUCAUGUUACCAGCUGUAAACAGCUAGAACUUUCUUUUCCCGCGCAAUCCUCUCAUUGCAGAUGAUGUAAGUGAUAUGCCCGCUGGAGCAUUAUCGCAAACUACUUAAGAUGUCUUUCGACUGUAGAUCACCUCCGGGGUUGGGGUCUUCCAGCACGUCGUAUCAUGUGAUAAGUCACGUGACCCAUCGAUCCGAUUUACUCAGCCCUUCUAUCCAAUUCGCACUUUUUCAUCUGAUCAAUAACAAAUUCAUCUCGUCAUAAUUUAAGUGUGUCUCAUUUGAUAUUCGUGCGUUCCGUCGUGUUUCGAUAUUUGAAGUGUUGUAUUUCAUACGUGUAUAAUGCCAUCUAAUGCACUGAGCAUAAGUACCUGCUCCUAUCAAAUAGCUGUACCAAUGUAGUAAUGGGAGAUUAUCAGCAAAAGCAACUUAAUCUUGAAGCUUUGCGUUAUACAGUUCCCUGUCGCCUCCAAUAACCUGCAUCGACGUGAUAAAGAAACAAACUCCAGCAGUAUUUAUACAGUGUGAGAUAUGAGAUUCCAUGUGAUAAACAAGAUAUCAUUAAUAAUAUGAAAACUCAUUCGGACCACAUGAUCAUCAAAAAUCCACACCUAGGCAUCUUCAAACACCCAAAGCAUAUCUAUGCUUCCCUCCCCAAGAUCGAAAGCCCUGGUAAACACAUCGACGGCAUCGCUCCCACGGGGAAGACUCUUGGUAAACACACCCCAGUUGGCGCCUGAGCCGGCCACCGUGACCACCUUUGCACCUGAAGGCGCUCCAGUCUGGACUACCUGUGGCAUCUGGGUUCUUAGGCUCGUUGGCGAAGUGAAAACCGCAUUCUCCAGCGCUGGUGCGGACAUAGUUGAUUCCUCCGUACUGCAGCGUCGUGAAGCUGGCACACGAUGGUGAUUCGAGGAUAAGACGACCGUUAACGUCGAGGCAGCCAACUUUGGGUCCAAGGGUGACGCUGUUGGGGUUGGCAGUUUGGUGAAGAAUGACUUUCCCCGUGCGCACUGCUGCGCGUGGUGCCAGUGGGGACGCGAGGGUUAAGGUUGAGAGGGCGAGCAGCACGGUGGAUAUUAGGUAGGAAGGCAUGGUCAAAAGAAAGCAGUCACAAGCUUUGCAGCGCUUCUGCGUAGAAAUUUGAGAUAUAGAGAGAGAUGGAGGAAUAUAUGGUGUGGGACAUCCGUACUUAUAAGAAUGCUCGAGGAUUGGCGAGAUGAGGUCUAGUGGAGAUAUAUGGUAAUAUGUAAUCAAUCUU